AUGUUUAAAAGCUCAGAGACAUUAAAAACCAGGAAGAAACAAGAGGAGGAAAAGAAAAAGACAGAAGAGCAAGUGAAGCUUCGUGGGAAGCAGGGACAAGACACAAGCAAGGGCGAACAAGUUUGGUACUCUCGCCGUGUCGACGACGGAUGUCUUUUGCACUGGGCGAUCAUUACGCACGGCCAAAAAUACGAGCUACGCCUACCGAACGGCAACGUCACGACGGAAAAGGUGCCAGAGAGUCAGAAGACCAGUUCAUUUGAGCCUGCACGGGUGUAUGAGGCCAGAGUGGUCCUAUGGUCCCUUAAGGAAGAGAUGAACAAGCUUCGGGCACUGAAGCUUGCAACCGUGGCGAGUGGUGAUCACACUCGAGACUAUACUGUUUGUCAGAUUGGCUGGACGACAAUGAAUAAGGACAAAGUCGACGCCGAGUGGGCUGCCGCGCGCUCAUCCAUCGUAGCGGAGGACCUCGGAUACGAUGAUUGCCGGGAGCUGCUCAAGACAUUCGGCGGCAUCAUCAAGAAGCCCGAAGGAUGUGCACUAGACUAUGACUGGUAUACAACAAGUCUCGAAACACCAUCUCACAGACUCACCGAAAUCACUGCGGACAAGGCUGUCAAAAGAUUCCAGAACUCGAUGCAGAACGGGCUUUGGGGUGUUGCUGCGGCGGGAGCGGGAGCGGGAAUCGUGUACGGCGCUUACGAGGCCGGUAGAUCAAUGGAUCCCAUAAGGAAUGGUACUAAUGCAGGCAGUGUACCUGUCAAAUCAGCAACACCUACUCUCUUGGUGGAGCAUCUUGUCAGAAUCCCCAGUGCCGUGCUAGGCGAAUGA